AUACAGUGUUAGCAUCUAUUGUUUAGAGCAUAUUACAAAACAAAACUAAACAUUUCUUCAGUGUUUGUGUAUGAGAAGCGUAAAAACCUAAACCAUAAGCAUGUUUGCUUCAAACCUUAUGUCAUUGUUGUCGCUAGUUUUGCUGAUAUCAUUGAUUUUUCAAUGUAAGGGUAAGGACGAUGUUUUUGAUCAUAAUGUCAAGAGAGUUUGGAAAAUGGGAUAUACAGGCAAGAAUAUAACCAUCGCUGUCGUUGAUUCUGGAUUGAGAUUUACUCACAAAGAUCUAACUGCAAGCUACGAUCCCAAGCUGAGUUAUGACUUUGCAAAUAAUGAUAAAUAUAUUUCAAAUUCUGACGAGUCUGGUACAAAUUGUGCUGGAAUAAUUGCUGGUGCUGUUGGAAACAAAAUCUGCGGUGAUGGCAUUGCUUUUAAUGCAAAAAUUGCAGGCAUUCAAGUAAUUUCUUCAAGUUUUCCAAAUGACACCGUUCUUGCUCAAGCUAUGUUCCCAUUUCAUGGUCGCGGCAUCGAUAUUUUUUCAAACAGUUGGGGUCCUCCCGAUACUGGAUUCAUAGUCCAAGGUCCAGGCCCUUUGACCGAGCUUGCAUUUCAAAAUGGUGUAGCAAAGGGACGCAAUGGUCUUGGUUCAAUCUAUGUCUUCUCCUCUGGAAAGGUGUAG